ACCCUUUCACUUCAUGUAUUUUAUAUUAUGUCGUAUACAUGUCUCAUGAACAUUUAGCCAAUCAAUAAAAAAAAUUUAUGGCAAAAUUAAAGAAAACAUUUACGAAGUAAUGCCAGUUUAGCCAAAUAAUCAGUAGCUAGCAUGAAUUUAGAUCUACCCAUGUGGAUUUCUUAGGAUCUAGAUUAAAAAAGUUCAGUAUAAUGCCAAUUCUUAAACCUCUAAAUGAGUUACAGGGCUGGUCCAUCUCAAAGUAAAACAUGAUAGUUACUUCUUCAUUACGUUUCAGGGCUCCUUGCAAGGCCUAGAACGUCUACAGCAACUUCAAGUCAGAAACCUUUUCAAAACAAGCAAGCUGGCUUUUCCCACAGAUUAUUACCAUCUCACUCCGCCAAAUCAUUAGAAGAGAUGUAGCCUUCAAUUGAAUACUACAUUUCUCCCUCCCAACAUUUCAUUUACCAAACACUUUAUGCUUCUAAGAUACCCUUUCCCCUAUCUAUUUAUAACCAAUUCGUGUUUCCCACAAUUUCCUACCUCAACAACAUGGCUUCACUGAUUUGGCCUCUCUUCUUUGCCUGCCUCAGCUUUCCACUAGCCGUCAUCAAUGGUCAAGUACCGGCAGCUUCACCCGUUAUAAUACCCUCACCAUCAACCUCCACGCCGCCUCCUUCCACCUCUGCACCUCCUCCAACCUCCACGCUGUCACCAUCUACUCCUCCAACAGUAGCAACUCAGCCACCGGUAAGCGCAACUUCUCCUAAAUCACCACCCGCUCCCAAGGUUGCACCAGCCACAAGUCCUACAGUCUCACCUCCUCAGAUUCCACCACCACAGAGCCCCCCAGUUUCAACUCCAUCACAAUCACCAGUUGUGCCACCACCAGCAGUGCCACCACCAGCUGUACCACCACCAGCAUUGCCGCCCACUCCUGUCCAAACACCACCAGCAUCAACACCAGCACCAGUGAAAACUCCACCUGCACCCGCUCCAGCACCAAUUACUCUUUCACCAGCUCCUGCACCUGCUCCUACCAAGCACAAGAGGAGAAGGCACAAACACAAGAGGCAUCAUGCCCCAGCUCCAGCACCAACCGUUCCAAGUCCACCAGCACCACCAACAGUGCCAGACCCUGAUGAUACAACACCAGCACCAUCACCAUCUCUAAGCUUGAAUGGAGGAAAUACAGUGCGAGGCAUAAGGUCUGGAACAUGGAUGAGGACUGGAUUAGCCAUUGCCAUUCUGCUGUCUAUUACAGGCUGCAGAGUCUAGCAAAGUUAUACAAUGAGCCAUGGAUUUAUUUUUAUACUCAGUAGAGACAAUUAUUUCUUAUGUAUACAAUAACGUCAAGUUAAAAAUUGAGCCAUGAGAAUAUUUUGUAUUUUUAACAUUCCAGCAUGGUUAGCAUUUAAUGAACAUGCAUUAUAAUUAUAAGCAUCCAUUCUGAAUAUAUGCAAAGAACAGGAUAAUAUUAUGAGAAACCAUAAUAACAUACUGAAAAUAUGAAAAAGAUAAAACAAAAAAAAAAAGUCACAUUCUUCAUCACUUGUCAAACUUGGUCUGUACUUGAGUUAACAUUGGUUUCUCGCAAGUCAUACUCAACCACAAGGCCGAGGUUGUCCACUAAUUUGUGAUGUUGGAGACACCCUGCACACUGA